AUGGAGACUGCGCCAGAUUCUGAGCUGGUCAGACCAGAGUCACAGCAAGCACAAAAGUUUGUAAAAAAUCAAUCAAAAACUUUUUGGAUGAUUGAAAAUAAUCUGUUUUUUUUUCCGGAGAAAAUGUUUGUAACUGUAAGGUUUGGAGAAGACCAAAGAGAAAUAUUUAACCCAAACUGCAGAACUGUCAAUUUUCUCCACUCCCUGAAAGAACGCUGUGGCUGUGAGGCUGAAGCUUGUGUAGAUCUAAUAGAUGAACUGGGUACCCUUGUGAAUCUGAGUGAGAGGGAAAAUUCUUCUGAAUAUACCAACAGCUUCUUAAAGGAGAGACAUGAUUAUAUCCUAAUUCAAGUUAUACGAGGUGAGAGCAAUGAAAACAACAGAUAUGAAUCAUUAUUAUUAAACUUAGGAAAGCACUACCCUGAUGUUUCAGAUUUUCUACAGAAACUGUCCAACCCACAGAAAGGAGCUGAUAAACGUACUUCUCUUUCUAGAAGAAGUCGUCAAGUCAAAGAAUCUGCUAAUAGUCACCAAGCAAGCAAGAAUAAAACACUGCCUGGGAACAAAAAGAAUACUGGCAUAAAUUACAAAAAUUAAGAGAAAUGCCCUAGCACUUGGAAAAUCUGUUAGAAAUAAAAAAAAUGUUCAAGUACACCGUAAAACGGAAUUAUAUAAUAAUGAUAAAUAUUUUGUAAUUGAGUAUGCCUGCAUGAUUUUUAAACUCAAUGGGAAAACUUGAAAUAGAAAGAUACUUUGGCUCCCAUCAAACCUGUAUGUCUUAUGGAAUACAUCAGUGCUAUUAAACUUUAAAAAUGAGACAAAAAAACUGUGAAUUGUGAACCAUUUUGGAUCUCUGAUGAGUAUCAUCUCCUAUCAUUCUGCAAAUGAAUGAUAUUGUUGUUACAACAAAAAUUGUUAGAAUGGAAUUAGGAAGAAGGAUUUUUACUUUUUACAGUAUUCAACCAGCUCCUAUUGAUCUUUGAUGAGUAAGGUGGACUUUAGCAUGUCAUGUAAACAGCAUUUAUUUAUAUAUAAAGUGGAUAUGGAGAAAUUGUUAGAGCUCAUAUAGCAUCAUGAUAUUAAUGGCUCAUCUGAUGCCCAAAAACAAUCUAUCUAAAAUAAAC